GCAGUCCGUCGGUCUGACAUCACGAAAAUCUUUUUGAGUGCUCGUUUAAAAAUGGCGUAUCACAGUCCCUACAGAGCCCCGGCGCACAUGAACGCUCCUCCGGACCAGGGCUUUCUGUGGAAUAUCUUCCAGAGGGUCGACAAAGACCGGAGCGGAGUGAUAUCAGACUCGGAGCUUCAACAGGCCUUAUCGAAUGGCACAUGGACUCCCUUCAACCCAGUGACGGUUCGCUCCAUCAUAUCCAUGUUCGACAGGGAAAACAAAGGCGGCGUGAACUUCAACGAGUUCGCCGGUGUGUGGAAGUACAUCACAGACUGGCAGAACAUCUUCAGGACCUACGACAGGGACAAUUCUGGCUUCAUUGAUAAGAACGAGCUCAAACAGGCACUAACUGGAUUUGGUGAGACACAAAGCUAUCGUCUGUCGGACCAGUUCUACAGCACGUUGAUAGAGAAGUUUGACCGCCAGAGGAAGGGACAAGUGGCCUUCGACGACUUCAUCCAGUGCUGCAUUGUUCUACAGAGGUUGACCGACGUGUUCAGGCGGUACGAUACAGAUCAGGAUGGCUGGAUCCAGGUUUCAUAUGAACAGUAUCUUUCCAUGGUCUUUAAUGUAGUAUAACGCACACGGAUCUUCACAGAAGAGCACAACUGGACACAACUGUGCCAAAGCCCCUGGCACCUCCCGAAUGUCGGCCAUGGUGGACAAUACAAGAUUUUUUUAAAACCUCAUUUUUAGCCCCAGCUGGGCUGUUUCACACAAAUUUAUAAACCUCAGGGUUCCCAGGUGUGCUUGAAAACCUUGACAGUUUGGGGAAGGGGAAAUUGGGUCUGGAAAGCCUUGAAAAGUCUUUAAAUAUUAUGUUAAGACAGUGUGGGAACCCUGAAAACUAACACAAGAUAACAUUUAGGGACGUUAUAUUAUUUUUAAGGACACAAUGCCUUCCAGAUGACGGUAUUUGUGAGUAUAAAAAGAUUUAAGGAAUUUAGGAUUUAAAAAAGAUCUUGUAGUGUUUUAUUCGUUGACCAACUUGGACGAUGCCUGUGUUGGCGACUCGAUCGGGGGAAAUCUUGUGGACACUUGUCUUGUCAGUCUAACUGUUAUCGUCAACAAACCUUUUAAUGUCUUAACUUUAAUUAUUAAAAUUAAAAAAUAACUGUGUUAAGAGUAAAAUGAUGCAUUGUAAAUAUGAUUUAAGAUGCAUUGCAUGCUUUUCAGGGAAAUUUAGCCCCACUUUAAAGCAUGCUUUCCCCUUUCUCUUAUAUUUCCUCAGCCCUAUUUUGCUCAAAGCCAUGUUUACAAAAACUGUGAAAGCAGGUGACGCUCUGCUUUGAGAUUCACUGACAUGCCAGCUUACAUGCCAUAUUUGUACAAACAUUUUUAACGGCAAACCUUCAACUGUUAGGACAUAGAACUUUUGGUAGAGGGUGAGCAUAAUGCCUUUAGUAUGGCUUAUUUUUUUGUGCAUGAUGCCUUAAAAUGUGUUAAAAAAAACAACAACAACACAAAAGAGAAAUCUUUUAUUAAAAAAGAAAGAAAAUCUGA